CUGCUGCGAACCGCCCAGUCCUGGACACCAGGGUGCCACGAACACGCUGAUGCCCCGAGUGCUCGCAGGGCUUCCACUAACCAUGCUGCAGUCUCCAGCAGCUGCUUUGGUGCUGCCCCUGUUACUGCUACUGCUGGUGGUGCAGACACCUCCCCCGACCAGCGCGAGGCCAUCCCCAGGCCCCGAUUACCUGCGGCGUGGCUGGCUGCGGCUGCUGGCGGAGGGCGAGGGCUGCGCUCCCUGCCGGUUAGAAGAAUGCGCCGCGCCUCGCGGCUGUCUGGCGGGCUGGGUGCGCGACGCGUGCGGAUGCUGCUGGGAAUGUGCCAACCUCGAGGGCCAGCUCUGCGACCUGGAUCCCAGCGCUCACUUCUACGGGCGCUGCGGCGAGCAGCUUGAAUGUCGGUUAGACGCAGGUGGCGACCUGAGCCGCGGAGAGGUGCCGGAGCCGCUGUGUGCCUGCCGCUCGCAGCGCCCGCUCUGCGGGUCCGAUGGCCGCACCUACACACACAUUUGCCGCUUGCAGGAGGCGGCCCGGGCUCGGCCCGACGCCAACCUCACUGAGGCGCACCCGGGGCCCUGCGAAUCGGAGCCCCAGAUCGUGUCACACCCAUAUGACAUUUGGAAUGUGACAGGGCAGGAUGUGAUCUUUGGCUGUGAGGUGUUUGCUUACCCCAUGGCCUCCAUCGAGUGGAGGAAGGAUGGCUUGGACAUCCAGCUGCCAGGGGAUGACCCCCACAUCUCUGUUCAGUUUAGGGGUGGACCCCAGAGGUUUGAGGUGACUGGCUGGCUGCAGAUCCAGGCUGUGCGUCCCAGUGAUGAGGGCACCUACCGCUGCCUUGCCCGAAAUGCCCUGGGUCAGGUGGAGGCACCUGCUAGCCUGACAGUGCUCACACCAGAUCAGCUGAACUCUACAGGUAUUCCCCAGCUGCGGUCACUAAACCUGGUUCCUGAAGAGGACGCUGAAAGUGAAGAGAGCGAGGAUUACUACUAGGUCCAGAGAUUUGCCCCAUUGGGGUGGGUGAGCAGGCAUAGUGCUCAGUCCCUGUUCUUUAAAAGACUUAAAAAGGGGAAGGAGGGUCCCUUCAUGGAUUGCUUUAAUGCUCUUAGUAGGGGUGAUCAUGGUGGUUGGGGAGUCUACUUGCCUCUAGAAGGGGGUCGUAGAGGGAGGAAACAAUAGGAGAAGUGGUGUGCAAAGGGGCCCGUGUAGGAGCUGCCUUGGCCAGGAGUGUCUCCACCAUGGACCAGCCAGGAUGAAGACGAGAGCUGCCAGCUGCUCCCCAGGCUGGGGAGGGGCCGAGGCAGACACAAAG